GAGAGUCUUCUAUGUGCACCAGGAAGUGUAGAAGAAAAAUGGCGCAAGAGAAAGACAAAAAAAAAAAAAAUCUAAAUACUACAAUCCACCAAAGGCCUGCUCAUCCAGCCCAACUACCAGCUAGAGCUCCCCUCCAUGGUCAGGACAUGGCAACCUUGAACGUCAGGCAAUAAAAAUGGUCAAUACAUGUACAAUAGACAACCUUCUGUACAUACUUCACUUGAUCAUGAAAAAAAGAGUGUCCAUUCAAAAUGAGAUUGAACUGGCACAAUCAAAGGAUCACUGGCUCAAGACUUUACUAGAGGUCCAUCGACUAUUUUCGGCUAAAGAAUGGUUCCAGGGGAAAUUGGCAUGGCUGAAAAACUUUCCACGUUUGAAAGGAAAAUCUGUAUGGGACACUUUUGGCACUGAGAAUGACUUCAUUGUCAGUCGUCUCGAUUAUGUGCAGAAGACUGAGUGGAUUUUAAAAUGUGAUGCAAACGACUGUCCACUCCUUUCUCUCACAAAAACUGACAGGACUGUAGAUGUGUGGUGUGAAGACCUUUCAGAACUGCAGCACAGACUAGAUGAUUGGUCGUGUCCCAGGUCAAUGUCAUGUCAGAGAAAGAGCAAAGCUAAGAUCUGCAAGGGGACCAGAACAUCCUCACCGCGACAAUUUGUGAAUGGUACACCAGCAUUCAUCAUGGUAGCCAUUGACUCAACAGUGCAGAGCACAAAUGAGCCAAAAAUGCAGCCAACAGCUUUGCCAUUAACCCUGCAGAUUCUUGGACAAAGCUAUGAAACUGCAGCAGUUACCUACCAUUUGAUGGACGCAAAUCAUUUUGUGUGCUUUCAUCGGCUCAGCACUGAAUCUGACUGGCACUUCUAUGAUGGCAUUGAGGAAAUGAAGAACCCCAGCUGUGGAGACAGACUUGCUACACCUGAAGUCUUUAAGACAGUCUUCUCUCAACGCAGCUCUGUAGGGCAUAUUGUGCUAAUGAAGGACAUUACAGAGGAUACAAACGAAAACACAGAUACAAUGACUGGACCUGGAGAGAAGUCUGAACUGGAACACCUUGGAAACAUGGAAAACAAAAUCAUCCAUGACAUGCCAAAAGUCCACAAAUGGGUGAAAGACCACGCAAAGCUGUUCAAUUCUGCUGUUAUUGCACCACAGUUUCUUACAAUGGAAAAGGAAGAAGCUGAAUCUGCACUGGAGCAGUUGAAUUCCCUCAGCAUUGAGACAGAUCCUGACAAAAAAGAGGAAAUUAUAUAUCCUUUCACAUUUAUUUGCAAUGAUGCACAGGAUAUGAAAACUCUCCUGUCAGAAAUUGUGGACAAGAGAAAUCUGCGAGUUUUUUGCAUGUCACAGUCAAGUUGAAGCAAGAGUGUUUUUUUUUUUCUUAUUUACCCUUUGAUGCGCAACAUAUGCACACCCACUCUAAUGC